CUAUGUCUUAGUAAAUAAAAUAAGUUGAAAUAAAAUAAGUUAGAUCAACCUCGUUCAAUAAUAAUUAUAAACCAUAUGAUCGUAGAUAGUCAUAACCAUUAAAUUAGACAUUUGAGCAAAAACUACACGAUUGUCACUAAUCAAAUUAAUCAACUGGUUAAGAUUUAAUUGAAAAUGAUAAAUAAAGUCAAAUGUUAUAAGUCUUGGAACAAUAAAUUAAUAUUAAUUAGUAUUUGGAGUAACAAGUUAAUACAUUGUAACAGUAACUAAUAAAAUAAUAGAAGGUAAUUUGUAUUAUUAAAUUUAAUAAAGAUUAUCUAAUAGUAAAGCGAAAUAUCUCAUGUCUUAGAAUAAUUAAAUGUUUAUAAGGAAUUAGUGGAAUAAUUUGAAUACAGACUUAAAGACAUUCUAAAGGAAAAUGAAGAAUUAAAUCAAUAUAAUUAAAAAUAACAACAAAAAAUAUAUUAUUUGGAAGAUGAAAUUCGAAAAUAUUAAUAAAUUCUUGAUGAAAAAAUUCAUGAAUAAGUAAAAGGAGUGAUGUCGCCAGAUGUUUAAAGAAAAAUGAAAAGAUUAAUAGAAGAAAAUGCCAUUCUUAAAUAAAGCAAUAAAUAAAUGGAAGAUGAAGUAAAUGAGUUAAGAAAAAGCUUAGAAUAGUUUAAAGAAUCAAUCUAAACACUUCGUCUACAUAAUUCUACAUAAGAUAAUAAUUAUGUUGCUGAAUUAGAAAAUUAAGUUUAAUAUCUUUAAGAAAUGCAAUAAAUUGAUUAAUUAAAAAUGUAAGCAUUGGAGGAAAAACUAAGUUUAUUAUAAAAAGAAAAUUAUAGAUUGUAGGAUAAUCUCAAAUCCAAAAGAAAAUAAUUAUAAUCAUGA